CCCCACUGCACUACCUAAAAGCAGGAAGUAGCAACGUUCAGUGGAUCAUCCAUGCAGCUGAAACCAAAAACAAAGCCUACAAAAUUAUCAUUUAACGUUAGGCAGAUGUGGAUUUUUUGAUGUACUGCUGAGGCCAGCAGCUGAAACUUGUAAUCUACAUAUCGCGUGGACGCGUUCGGGCAAACAAGAGCAUGGGGCAGCAUCUUGGAAAACGUGAGCCACUUUCUGUUCCUAAGGGAUCAUCAACCGUAUCUGAACACAUCCCAGCAGACUCACCGGUGUCACAGGAUGAGGUAUUUGGACUGGGGGAGGCGGACCUCAACCAGAACAAUGGGUGCUCCAGCAAGAGUCCGGUGGUGACUGACUCCAUGAAUGCUGCAGUAGAUCACAGCAGCUGGAACCAUCCGAGCACAGCCGACCCUGAUGCCUCGGGGCCCCGCCCACACAUGGUCCGCCUCUUUUCUCGAGAUGCCCCGGGUCGAGAGGACAACACCUUCAAACACCGCCCCUCGGAGUCUGAUGAGCUGCAGACCAUUCAGGAGCACAGCGGAGCUGGCUCAGAGUGCGGUUCCGAUUGUGCAGAGUAGGACCUAAAGUAGAUUUCCUCUUUGCCCUCACUUUCCUCACUUCUAUUUUGGAAGCAAAACGAAACCAAAAACACCGCUGUAGAGAUUAAAGCUUCAGCAUGGCAUCUGCAAGCACUUCGCAGUCAACAUUCAGGCUGGGCCGCAGUAAGAAGAACCCUACUGUUAUGGAUCAGAUCGGAAAGUUCUUUGGAGGGGAUAAAAAGAAGAAGGGAAAGGGAUCUUUUCGUGGUGGCUUGUCUGCAUCACCUCAAAGAACGAGCGCAUCUCCUCGUCGCCGUCCAGAUGAGAAUGCUGUUGCGCACUUUUUCAGAACCAUUGUUUCUCCCUCUACCCCCAAAUCUAGGAGAGACCAGAAAUCACAGAGCUCUACCAAAGGCCAAAAGGGACGUGGAGACACCUUAACCCGGAUCUUCAAAAUGGGAGGAAGCCAGUCUGCUUCAUCUACCAAGCGUUGAAACCUCAUUACCUUUUCCCAUUUAAAAAUAAAGAGGAAAAGGGUGGAAAACGAAUGGAAAAAAGUUCAUUUUUAAAUUUUGUUUUCUAAUACAGUAACAUUGACUUGAAAAAGCUUUUGCACUGAUACGUUACAACACAAUCUGUGUCUUCUGAAUUAUUCCUGUUCAGUCUAGUCAAUCUUUUACUGACAUAGUUGUGUAUAAUCUUUGAUCUUUGUAAUGGUUUUGUCUUGUCUCUGUAGUGUCAGUACUCAUUUUACACAGCUUAAGUGUAACCAGUACCUCUCUUAGCAUAU